AUGCACGCGUUCCUCAAAGUUAGUGAUCUUUCCGAUGACGGCAUCCAUCCACUCGACCCCGGAUACAGAAAGAUGGCGGCAGUGUGGUGGGACGCCAUUUCCAGAGCAGAGAGUACCAUACAAGCUCCAGCCAACGACAACGGAAUGAUCGACACUGGUUUCUCGGCAGUUCACAACUGUACAAAAGUUGCUGGCAAUGCUCGAGGGCCUAUCAAAUCACAACAAGGCAGUGGUCAUGAUGACGGGCUUUACAUCCACCACUCUACGUCCAAAGGUAACAUACCUUCUGGCAAAGUGUUCUUCGGUCCUGACACUAAAAUCAACGCUGCUAUACCUGAGCAUAUGUUCUUUGCUCAGUUGGUUAACUCUGGUGGUGCGGAUCGUGCCGGAGCGCUCGACGACUGGGUGGUUCCCGAGCAUGAUGGCUACAUGGCCACUGACGUCCGCAUUGCAGAUAUCGAUGGCGAUGGCAGGGCUGAUUAUUGCCUCAUUGGGCAUAAUGGUGAUAUCCUCUGCUCCCGUAACCAGGGGCAGGGGGAUAGUUAUAGCUGGCAGGGAUUCAAGACUGUUGGUGGUCUGCGGGAGGUGGUUUUCACAGCCAAGAACAAAGGCGAUGCGUCCGGAGUCCGACUAGCCGAUCUCAAUGGGGACUUUCGCAGCGAUUGGAUGUGGAUUGGCGACCAAGGCGAUAUUGACACUUGGAUCAAUCAACGUGGGUGGGGAACCGGUAUUAUCAAGUUUGGUCGUAUCUAUGGUUCUGGAAGAUUAGACUAUGUCUACUUUAAGAACGUGAGCGACGGAUACGAGAUGCACGUCUGGCAAAACAAUGGUGGCGGAGGCACACGAAGAAAAGGUGAUGGCGUCUUCUACUGCGAUAUGAGAAACAUAGGCUCAGAUGAUUAUGUGUGGAUCUACAGCGAUGGCCAUGCCGACUCAGGAGACUUCUACGCAAACAUACACGAACCACCUGGUUGGGGUCACGAAACGAAGAUUACACUCAAAGUCCCUGGCCCGAGGAUGGGUAUCCAUCUUGCGGACUGGAAUGGUGAUGGCAAGUGCGAUGUCCUGGUUCAGGACAAGAAGACUGGUGCGCUCACGAUGUGGGAGAACCGCUACGAUGCCUCGACAAACACCCUCAAAUUUGCUAAUGUAGGUGUGGUCACCGGGGCUGCUACUUGCACUCAAGGCUGGGGAGUAGGCAUCUUCGAUCGAGGCAUGGCUGUCACGGACAUCGACGGUGAUGGACGAGCCGAUGUACUCUGUAUCGAACCGAACGGCAGAAUCACAGCGUGGCUCAACCCAAAAGCAGGACUUGUAGACGUUGGCCAGAUCAAGUUCAGCGAAGGAUGGGACAGAGCGAACAUCAGGUUCGCUGAUGUGGAAGCCUCAGGCAGAGCAGACAUCAUUCAUCUUGACAAGUUCACUGGCGCCGCAACCGUCGUCAAGAAUAACGGACACAAACCUGGAGGCAAAGGAAUAAUCAAGCUUGGACCUAUUUCAACGAAUGCGGAAAAGGCAGUGGUGGAGAUGACGGAUCCAUUGCCGACCCUGGUCUACCAUUCUAUUCGAGUGACAGCGGGAACAGCGAUAGCUUCUCGCGACGGCAAAGGCAUCUCCGGUGUGGCGAGUGCGAGGAGAGGCAUGUCUGCGGACUCGGUGGCGAGUUUGGGGAGUGUGUUCAAGAACAACGAUGAUAAGCUGCAGAGUAUCAUGAAGAUCAUCUUCACUCUGUAA